AUGGCUGAAAUUGCUGUAUCUUUUGCUAUUGACCAUCUGCUUCCACUGUUAAGGGAAGAAGCAAAUCUGCUGAGAGGUGUUCACAAGGACUUUGCAGACAUUAAAGAUGAACUCGAGAGCAUCCAAGCUUUCCUUAAAGAUGCUGAUAAAAAAGCUGCAUCAGCCGAAGGAGUCAAAACAUGGGUGAAGCAACUUAGGGAAGCAGCUUUUCGCAUUGAAGAUAUCAUUGAUGACUAUUUGAUCCAUGCAGGUCAGCAGCCUCGUGAUCCUGGAUGCGUAGAUUUACUCCAUAAAUUCAAAACUAUUCUCUCUCGCCAUCGAAUAGCAUCUGAGAUUCAAGACAUUAAGUCAUCUGUUCGUGGGAUCAAGGAAAGGAGUGAAAGAUAUGGCUUCCAACGUUCUCUUGAACAAGGAUCAAGCGGUUCUAGAAGAAGUCAGAUUGCCAAAUGGCACGAUCCUCGUGUGGCUGCUCUUUACAUUGAGGAAGCUGAUGUUGUGGGCUUUGAAACACAAAAGGACAUGCUAAUUCAUUGGUUGGUAAAAGGAAGGGAAGAACGCACUGUCAUCUCUGUGGUAGGAAUGGGAGGGCAAGGUAAAACCACUCUAGCCAAUAAAGUUCUUGACAACAAGGACAUCAUUGGACACUUUGAUUAUCGGGUAUGGAUCACAGUGUCUCAAUCAUAUAACGUUGAAGGGUUGUUGAGGGACAUGUUGCUAAAGUUAUACAGACAAAAUGGAAGAGAUCAUCCUAAGGAUUUAUUUCAAAUGGAUCGAGGGUCAUUAACCGAUGAAGUGAGAAACAACUUGCAGCAAAAGAGGUACAUUGUUGUGUUUGAUGAUGUUUGGAAUGUGCACUUUUGGGAUGAUAUUGAAUUUGCUGUAAUUGAUAAUAAAAAUGAAAGUAAGGUAUUGAUAACAACAAGGAAUCUGGAUGUUGUAGCGUCUUGUAAAAGAUCUUCUUUGGUUGAAGUGCUUGAGUUGCAACCUUUAUCUCAAGAACAAUCUAUGGAGUUGUUCAAUAAAAUGGCAUUCAGAUUUGACUAUGGCGGGUGUUGUCCAGAAGAGUUUAUUGAUAUAGUUAAUGAAAUUGUUGAAAAAUGCAAAGGGUUACCACUAGCAAUUGUUGCCAUUGGUGGUCUUUUGUCUACAAGAGAGAAAAACGUGUUUGAGUGGCAGAGAUUCAAAGAAAAUUUAAGUUUAGAGCUAAAGAAAGAUACACAUUUAAUUGGUAUAGAAAAAAUUUUAGGUUUAAGUUACGAUAAUUUGCCUUACUAUCUCAAGUCAUGCUUGUUAUAUUUUGGAAUAUAUCCAGAAGAUUAUGAAGUUAAAUCAAAUAGAGUGAUUCGACAAUGGAUAGCUGAAGGGUUUGUCAAGGAGGAAAGGGGAAAGACUUUGGAAGAAGUGGCAGAAGGAUAUUUAACAGAAUUGAUCCAUAGAAACUUGGUGCAAGCAUCUUCAACUAGAAUUGAUGGUAAAGCUAAAGCAUGCCGUGUUCAUGAUCUAAUACGUGAUAUGAUACUUGAAAAAUUUGAGGAUUUAAAUUUUUGCAAGCAUAUUAGUGAUGAUGGACAGUCAUCCUUUAGUGGAAUAAUCCGGCGCUCAUCAAUAACACCCACUUUUGAUGAUUUGUUGCUGCAUAUUGAAGGCUCGCAUCUCCGGUCUCUGUUUAUUUUUGAAAAUGAAGAGUCAUAUGUAUACUUUGAGGAGAGAAUCCCAACAGCUACCACAUACAGGUUAUUAAAGGUUCUUGAUUAUGAAUCUGCUCCAUCGUUGAAUGUUCCUAAGAAUUUGGAAAGUUUGAUCCACUUGAAGUAUUUAUGCUUCAGGCAUUCAUAUAAGGUAGAUGAAGUCCCAAAAUCAAUUGGCCUGCUCCAGAACCUAGAGACCUUGGAUAUAAGGGAUACAUUCAUCUGUGAGUUGCCAAAGGAGAUUAGCAAGCUCAGAAAGUUAAGACAUCUUAUCAGCUCUAAACUGUCUUUGAUCCAAUUAAAGGAUUGUAUUGGAGAGAUGGCAUCCCUACAAACGCUUCGUUACAUUGAUUUAGGUAUGGAUGGAGCAACAGAGAUAAUUAAAGAGUUAGGAAAGCUGAGGCAGAUAAGGGAUUUGGGGUUGGUUAAUGUUGGGACAGAAGAAGGAAGCAUUCUGUCCUCCUCAAUCAGUGAAAUGCAUCACUUGGAGAAACUGUCUGUUCUAUCAAGUAAUACCGGUAAUGACUUUGAUUUCAUUGAUUUACAUUUGAUUUCAACGCCAACUAUGCUUCGCAAACUUACACUACGUGGGAGGCUACAGAAGUUGCCAGAUUGGAUGUUAGAGCUACAAAAUCUUGUUGAGUUGAAGUUGAUGUACUCUCGUUUCACUAAAGAUCCAAUAAAAUCCCUAAAAAGUUUGCAAAACUUGUUGAAGCUCUCUAUAGGCAUUGCUUCUUGUGUAGGGUUUCAGUUGCAUUUUGAAGAUGAAUGGUUUCAGAAACUAAAGGAACUGUAUGUUGGAUAUGCGGAUGAAUUGACAGAUAUUAUCAUCGACAAAGGAGCACUGCCUUCUCUUAAAAAGCUCGAGUUACGAGUACUGCACGGACUGAAGAAUAUACCUACUGGCAUCGAACACUUGGAGAAGCUAGAAGUUCUUCAUAUUCAAAGUAUGCAACAUGAACCUGUGCAACCACUUUCUAUUGAGGAUAUGAAUUGGAUCACGGAGCUUGUACCCCAUGUAGAAAUCAGCUCUUAUCAUAGUCAGUGGGAAUAA